AAGCUCCGCACCUUUUUUGUUAUUUCAGCCAUUUCUCGGAGCUGUUUUGCUCAACCUGACUGCCUUACUGUGGAGCUCUGGCUGGGAAACGUUCUGCGUUAAGUAAUAAUAUUGUUCUUAAUAUUUUAUUAGCUUUUACUGGACCUCUGACGUAUUGGAGCUAUAUGGACUCUCAUUGGUUCCGUCGCAAUUGCUAUUAGCAGCAGGAGGGCAAAGGUCAAAACGCAUGCUGCGUUCUCUCUCUAUCCCCCUGGGACAUCUCACCCUUCUGCACGCGCCCCCCAUUGGCCUCAAGUCAAAACUUGUCCAUCGUCCCAAAGUGGAACGGUAUCGAUUCUCCCUGCGCGCGUCUGACCGUGCAGCCCGGCGCGCGCUCAGAGAACAAAAUCCACGCAGCGUUCCCGAGCGUUUCAGCACAGCAGGUUCAGGGGGGAAAGCGCGCGCCUGCGACCACCUCUGUAACACAGACAGACUGAUCGACCCGCGAUACACUCUAUAUGUUCGAGCAGCCGCGUGCGUCAGCUUCUUGUGCACCAGCUUUAUAUCGCGCGCAUCAGGUUCGCGCUUCCACACAGGCGAACCUGAUGCAUGGUUGCUAAAUGUCAAUCAAACCGUACUUCACUCAUCCGCCCGGGUAACUCUCUCACUUUACUUUCCAGAUGCUCGUGUUUUGGAAAUCGAGCCUCUUGUGAGGCAUCCGGAGCUCGAGCUCGCGCACGGGCACGGGCGGAUGCGCGAUUUGACAUCGUCUUUAUAGCUUUGCACGGUCGCAAGCAGCGCGCGCUCUAUCGCAAAUACGAGUUCAAUUGAUCGAACAGAUUAAGCAGAUUGAGCGGACUGUGUUUGAUUAGAUCAGAUUAUAUUGAUUUUAUUUGGCCUUCAUUUGUUAUUUUAGAUUACGUUUAUGCUGUUUUUUUAUCAGUGGAGAGAUGCGCAUCAGGAGAGACCCUCAGACACUACUGUAAGCCUGGCACUUCAGCGCGCGAUGCUGAAAAUUAUUUUAUUUUAUUUAAAAAUAAAAUAAAAAUACAGUAGUGUUUGGUAGGUCUUGGCUGUGUUGCUGAAGUACUGAAAUACUGAGGAACUGAGAGGUAAAGUACGAGUCUGAGAGUAAUUUCAGCACCACGGACAGCGCCGCGCGCUCCCUCCCCAAACUUCCCCAUCAGCCACACACAUCACGGAGAAAGCGCGAGGAGCUGCGAGACCCUCCACCUGGACCCCUCAGAUGCGACAGGACAGAUCAGGCUCUGAUCUCAGCAAAAACUCAACAAGCUGAGGAUGGCGCUGAUGUUGGGGCUGGCCUGUGCCUGACCACAAAUUCAGUGCUCGUGCCAUCUGCCCACAAGUUGCCCCCGGCGCCGUCCCCGUCCCAGAGAGGAGAGAGCGGAGGACAGACAGAGAGCAGCGGAGCCUGAGAGAGUCCUGCCCUCGUCUGCGGACGCCAUGGCUGGGAGGUCGCCGCUGCAGCGGGGUCACGGACUCUCCUGGCCUGUCCGUCUCCUCCUCCUGCUGCUGCUGCUCGUCAGGAGCCCUCAGGCUCUCGCUGUCCCUGGAUACAGCACUGACUCUACCAAGAAGGAGAUCGCUAUAGAGGGGGACCUGGUGAUAGGAGGCCUGUUCCCCGUGCACCAGAAGGGCGAGGGGGUGGAGGACUGCGGCCGAAUCAACGCCCAGAGGGGCAUCCAGCGGCUGGAGGCCAUGCUGCUGGCGCUGGACAAGAUCAAUGAGGACGACAGCAUCUUGCCUGGCGUAACGCUGGGCGCUCACAUCCUGGACACGUGCUCAAAAGACACCUAUGCACUGGAGCAGUCGCUGGAGUUUGUGCGCGCUUCUCUAACCAAGGUGGACGAUAACGAGUACACCUGCCCCGAUGGAUCCUACGCCAUCCACGACGACACCCCCCUCGCCAUCUCCGGUGUGAUAGGGGGCUCCUACAGUGACGUAUCAAUUCAGGUGGCAAAUCUCUUGCGACUGUUCCAGAUUCCUCAGAUCAGCUAUGCUUCAACUAGCGCUAAGCUUAGCGAUAAGUCACGCUAUGACUACUUUGCUCGGACAGUUCCGCCAGACUUCUACCAGGCCAAGGCCAUAGCUGAGAUCCUGCGCUACUUUAACUGGACAUACGUUUCCACUGUAGCUUCAGAGGGGGACUAUGGAGAGACUGGGAUCGAUGCUUUUCAGCAGGAGGCCAGGGCUUUGCAAAUCUGCAUCGCAACAUCUGCGAAGGUUAGCCGCUCCAUGGACCUCCACAGUUACGAUCAGGUGAUCAGGUCACUGUUACAGAAAUCCAAUGCAAAAGUGGUGAUCCUGUUCACCAGAAGCGAGGAUGCCAGGGAGCUCCUAGUUGCAGCCAAGCGUAUGAAUGUCUCCUUCAUCUGGGUGGCCAGCGACGGCUGGGGGGCGCAGGAGAGCGUGGUGAGGGGCAGUGAAUCGGUUGCAGAUGGAGCGUUUACCAUUGAACUUGCUUCGUACCCAAUCCCUGAGUUUGCUGACUACUUCCUGGGCCUAAAUCCGUACAACAACACACGCAACCCCUGGUUCCGAGAGUUCUGGGAAAACCAUUUUCAGUGUAGCCUGCAUGACAUCCACUGUGGGAAGCAUUCACUCCGAGAUGGCAAGUUUGAGCCAGAAUCCAAGAUCAUGUUCGUGGUAAAUGCUGUGUAUGCAAUGGCCCAUGCGAUGCACAACAUGAGACAAGCAGUGUGUCUGAACACCACCAAAAUCUGCAGUGCCAUGAAGCCACCGAACGGAAAGAAGUUCUAUAAAGACUACAUCCUGAAGUUAAAGUUUGAUGCACCGUUCCGGCCAGCUGAUACGGAGAACACUGUUCAUUUUGAUGCUUAUGGGGACAGUUUGGGCCGUUACAACAUUUUCCACUACCACAAAGAGGACGACGGGUAUGUUUACCGCAAGGUGGGUUAUUGGGCCCAGACUUUAGACCUCAACACUAGUCUGAUACCUUGGGACCAAAUGGUACCUACCUCUCAGUGCAGCGACCCCUGCAGGAAGAAUGAGAUUAAGAGCAUGCAGCCUGGGGAUGUCUGCUGCUGGAUCUGUAUUCCAUGCCAGCCCUAUCAGUACCUCCUGGAUGAAUUCACUUGUGCAGACUGCAGCUUUGGACAGUGGCCCAAUGCCAACCUGACUGGCUGCUACAAUUUGCCUGAGGAGUACAUCCACUGGGAGGACGCGUGGGCCAUCGGACCAGUCACGAUUGCGUGUUUGGGGAUCCUCUGCACUCUGUUUGUGAUUGGUCUUUUUCUAAAGAACAAUGAGACGCCAGUGGUAAAAGCUAGUGGACGGGAACUUUCCUAUAUUUUACUCCUAGGAGUGCUCCUCUGUUACUGCAUAACCUUCAUCUACAUCACCAAACCUUCAGCUGUAGUGUGUACCUUACGUCGGCUUGGGCUGGGGACUUCCUUUGCUGUUUGCUACUCAGCACUUCUGACCAAGACCAAUCGAAUCGCCCGAAUCUUCAACGGUGUCAAAGAUGGUGCUCAGCGGCCAAGGUUCAUAAGUCCGGCUUCACAAGUAGCCAUUUGUGCUGCUCUCAUUUCCUUCCAGCUCUUGGUGGUGGUGGUCUGGCUCUUGGUGGAGGCGCCAGGAGUGAGGAAGGAGGUCAGCCCUGAGAGACGAGACAUAGUCAGGCUGAAGUGCAACAGCAAGGACUCCAGCAUGCUGAUGUCCCUGACCUACAACUGCAUCCUCAUUAUCCUCUGCACCUUCUACGCCUUCAAGACCAGGAAGUGCCCCGAAAACUUCAACGAGGCAAAGUUCAUCGGCUUCACCAUGUACACCACCUGCAUCAUCUGGUUGGCCUUCCAGCCCAUCUUCUAUGUCACAGCCAGCGAUUACAGGGUCCAGACCACCACCAUGUGUAUCUCAGUGAGCCUGAGUGGUUCGGUGGUGCUCGGGUGCCUCUUCGCUCCCAAGAUCCACAUCAUCCUGUUCCAGCCUCAGAAGAACGUCACCACGCUCAGAGUGGCCACCACCCGCUUCAGCGUCACCACCGGGCCCGGCUCCAGCUUCUCUCAAGCCUCAGCUGCCAACAUGGUGCCAACAGUGUGUAACGGAAGAGAAGUAGUGGACUCAACAACGUCGUCUCUCUGAAACACAGUGAAACACAGAGUUCCGUCCAACUGCCAAAAUUGGUAUACAGAUGAAUCUUAUCACUAGUCAAUAAAACAGGUGUUUGCUGAUAUUAAGGAGGCCCCUCUCAGUAAAGGGGGCCACCUAUGUUGUUCUCAACGUGCUGUGAGUACAAUUUCCCCAUUCUCUCUCUCUCUCUUUCUUUCUCUCUCUCUUUCUCUCUCUCUCACUCUGAGACUAGUUAGAAAUGAUCAGUGGGAUGCCAAUUAAAACUCUGUAUACCACUUCUUUUUAUGGAACAUAUGAUAAAGUACUAUUUGAGACAUGGAGUAAAAUGAUAGUAAAUCUGUUCAAUGUAUUAUAUACAGGAUGUUUUUAAAGUAGAAUUUUGGUGAUUCGGGUUUGUGCUUUCUUGUAAUUUAUGUAAAUAAAAUGUGUUUUAUAUGAAUACUGGAA